AUGCAUGGUCAGCUAAAGAAUGCUGUGCCUGGACAAGACAAGCAUCACACUGACAAAGACACUGAAGGCUAUGCACAAGACAAUGAAGAGGCAGCAAAAGGUAAUGAGCUGAUUAACCAUGAAAAAGAGAAGCAUGGACCAGAGAGCGUGGACAUUAAGGAUGAGAUGUUUGACCACAAUGUGGAGGUGCUCCUCACUCAGCUGUCAGCUGCUGCUGAUUCAGUCAGAAGUGCACUGAAGAAGGAACUUUGA